CAGACAGAGAGGUGGGAGGCAGUGAGAGAGAAGGAUAGGCUGCAAAAACCCCACGAUUCUCUGAAUAUCACCUCAUCCUGAUAGACACCCUUUGGACGUGGACAUCAUUACCUCUGCAAAUCACACCUCGGCUUCUUCUGAUCCCCACAAUCUGCAGCUGUGACCAGGGGUUCUGAGCAAAACAGCUCAUACAAACUCACCAUUUUUCCUUCUCUGAUUUGCUAUUAUAUUUUUUUUGGGGGGUGUUUCAAAUUCCGCCAGAGCAGAAUUUCCAGAGGACUUCAGGAAAACUGCAAUCCCUCAUUACAUCAGAUCCAGCAGCUUAGAGGAUCAAGCACUGAGGGGAAAAACAAAACAAAACAAAACCAACAUAAAGAAAAACCAAACAGCAGAAAAACUUCAAAGUUCUAAAAACACCAGUAUCCCUGCAAGUUGGUGUCCACACGAUCCUCUGGCUCUCAGUACAGGAUGUGAAGGAGCAAACAUCUGCCUCUUAAAAAGGUAUUUGGACAUAUCCCAGGUCCUGGAGGAUGGGGGCGGUAGGAGAUUUUUUGAUCUUGUAAAGAGAUCAUUCUCCUUUUUUAUAUUCUCUCUCUCUCCCUCUCUCUCUCUUCUCUGUAAACUCAAAAUAGGGGGUAAAAUGCUACUGGUAUCUGCUUCCCUUCUUUAAACAAGACAAGGCAACCUGGGACUUGAAAGGAAGCCUCUGAUUUGCUGUAGCUGUCAUGAAAUAUCUAUUAGCCUCACAAAGAAAGGGAGAAAAGAGUGCAAUUGGCAGCCAAGACGGUGUUUGGCAAUAGCCUGCAAUCCAUGUUCAGAGAGCUUUGAAACAUUGAGUCCAUCCCUCCCUUCUGAUGUUACAGGAUUGCAGCCAGGAAUGUGCAAUCGAGCCCAAAGUGAAUCGAUUUGCCAGAAGCUCAGCCUUGGGGUUUCCUUGCUGUAAACUUGGGACUGAAAGUAAUACAGAGUCUCAUCAGAUUGAAGUGAUCAGAGGAGUCCCCUGUGUUGUUGGACACCAGAAGUGAUCGGUUCUGAUUAAGAAAGCCUCGCAGGAUCCUAUAAGGAAGAGAUCUGGUGUUCCAGAUGUUUGAAACGUGAGAACAUACUUUGAUCUGGUAAAUCUCAGUAAAUCUCAGCAUUAAACGCAGAAGCAAAACCUGUUACUCAACAAUAAAUACAACCUUAAAAAAGACAAAAGUAAAUUAAUAAAUCAUACAAUCAAAACAAAUAUAAAUAGGCAGUGUGUGCUGCUGACAGAUAAAUCCUGAUGCACCCCAGGGAGGAAAACAGAGAGGUACAAUUGAAACUCCUAACUCCUUUCCAGUAAGCCAAGUGGGGUUUUCAGUUGGAGACAGGAAGGUGUGCCCUCUCAAUCAUGCGUUGAUCUGUGUAUGUGUACAUGGAAAAACACAUCUGGCAGCUCUCCACAAGAACAAUAGCACAUUUUCCUGCCUCCUCUCCUGAAUCGCUCUCUGUGGUCGUUGCAUGAAAUCUACAAGAAGUGGAUCAGCUCAGAGGAUCUGUGGGGCCAGAAUAACUCUUCCUGCCCCCUCCCCAAAAAAGCCGAGCCAGGCACAGCCAGCAGCAGUAGCAGCAGCAUGCCGAGGAGGAAACAGCAGGCUCCCAGGAGGGCAGCAGCGUAUGUGUCUGACGAAUUGAAGGCUGCCGUACUUGAUGAUGAUGGGGAGACAGACGACACAGCGGCGGAUGGCGAACCUUCUGCAAAGUAUGUCUGUCCUGAAAAGGAAUUCACAAAGAACUCUCCCAUUUACCAACACUCUCCUGUCGGAGAAUUUUCCAGCCAUGAAAUGGACAGUGAUUCUCACGUCAGUGAGACCAGUGACAGAAUGGCUGAUUUUGAAAGUAGCUCCAUAAAAAAUGAGGAGGAAACGAAGGAGUCUCUGGUUCCUCUUGAAGACUCCAGUGUGUCUGAUAGCUUAGAACAAAUGAAAGCUGUAUAUAACAAUUUUCUUUCCAACUCUUACUGGUCAAACCUCAGCUUAAAUAUUCACCAGGCUACUUCGGAAAAGAACAACGCAAGCAGUAGCAGUAGCAGUAGUAGCAGCAGCAGCUGUGGAAGUGGGAGCUUUGACUGGCACCAGACGGCUAUGGCAAAAACAUUACAGCAGGUUUCCCAAAGCCGGGUUCUGCCUGAGCCCAGUCUUUUCAGCACUGUCCAGUUGUACAGACAGAGCAGCAAGUUGUAUGGAUCAAUUUUCACUGGGGCCAGUAAAUUUCGUUGUAAAGACUGUAGUGCUGCUUAUGAUACAUUAGUUGAGCUGACUGUUCACAUGAAUGAAACAGGACAUUACAGAGAUGACAACCAUGAAACAGAUAACAAUAAUCCCAAACGUUGGUCCAAACCACGAAAACGCUCUUUACUUGAAAUGGAAGGUAAGGAAGAUGCACAGAAAGUUUUGAAGUGCAUGUACUGUGGUCACUCUUUUGAAUCCCUUCAGGACUUAAGCGUACAUAUGAUUAAAACAAAACACUACCAAAAAGUGCCUCUCAAAGAACCUGUCACACCUGUUGCAGCAAAAAUGGUCCCAGCUUCAAGAAAAAAACUGUCUUUGGAGCUUGAUCUCCCAAGUUCUCCUGAUUCUACAGGGGGAACACCAAAAGCUACACUUUUAGAUGGAACAGACACAUUGCAAAAGAAUUCAAACCCAUACAUCACACCAAAUAACCGCUAUGGGCACCAGAACGGUGCCAGCUAUGCUUGGCAUUUUGAAGCAAGAAAGUCCCAGAUCUUGAAGUGCAUGGAAUGCGGCAGCUCACAUGACACUCUGCAGGAGCUCACCGCUCACAUGAUGGUCACAGGCCACUUCAUAAAAGUAACAAAUUCUGCACUGAAAAAAGGGAAGCCAGUCUUAGAAGCACCAUCGACCCCUACAUCGGUGCUGGAUGAAAAGGUACAGUCUGUGCCGCUUGCUGCCACCACAUUUAGUCCUCCUGCCAACAACAGUUCGUGUCUCUCCCCUAAACUAUGUGUUGAAAUUAAAAAAGAAAUUGAUAAAGAAAAGGGGAUCCUGGAAGAUAAAAUCAAAGACAAGGAGAAAUCAAACGAAGAUGAAGAAAAGUUUGAUGUUUCUUCUAAGUACCAUUACUUAACUGAAAAUGAUUUAGAAGAAAGUCCUAAAGGAGGACUAGAUAUCUUAAAAUCUUUGGAAAACACAGUAACAUCUGCUAUAAAUAAAGCGCAGAAUGGCACGCCAAGCUGGGGGGGAUACACAAGCAUCCAUGCUGCCUACCAGCUUCCGAAUAUGAUGAAGUUAUCCUUAGGUUCCUCAGGGAAAGGUACACCAUUAAAACCAAUGUAUGGAAGCAGUGAGGUUUUAUCACCGACCAAAAAUCAGCCCCUGGUUUCACCUCCUAGCAGUCAGAAUUCUCCUGUGCCAAAAACAAACUUCCAUGCAAUGGAAGAGCUUGUCAAAAAAGUUACAGAGAAGGUAGCCAAGGUGGAGGAAAAAAUGAAGGAACCAGAGGGAAAAUUUUCACCCAUUAAAAGAGCAACUCCAUCUCCCAGCAGCAGUGAGAUCAGUGAGCCCCCAAAAUUGGACACUUCCAGUGACAUUGUGUUAAAAAGCCAGCAGAACAGCCCUAUUUCACAAAAGGACAAUUGUAAAGAAAAUCCAGGUUUAGAACCUGUGGAAAACGGUAAAGAACAUGUGAACUCCAUAAUAGGCAGUUUAGGGAGUAGUACUGCUAUAAUAACAGAUCAUCCACCUGAACAGCCGUUUGUUAAUCCACUAAGUGCAUUGCAGUCUGUUAUGAAUAUCCACCUUGGAAAGGCAGCUAAGCCAUCCCUACCAGCACUGGAUCCCAUGAGCAUGUUGUUUAAAAUGAGUAACAGCUUGGCAGAAAAGGCAGCUGUGGCCACUCCACCAAUUCAAUCCAAAAAAACAGACCACUUAACAGACCGUUAUUUUUAUCAUGUCAACAAUGACCAGCCCAUAGAUUUGACGAAAGGGAAGAGUGACAAAAACUGCUCUUUGGCUUCAGCGCUUUUGUCAUCUACAUCGACAUCUUCUGCAUCUUCUUCAUCUACAGUGACAACGGCAAAGACAUCUGCAGUCGUGUCAUUCAUGUCAAACUCACCGCUGCGAGAGAACGCCUUGUCAGAUAUAUCUGAUAUGCUGAAGAACCUGACAGAAAGCCACACGUCAAAAUCUUCUACACCUACCAGUAUAUCUGAAAAGUCUGACAUUGAUGGUACCACAAUAGAGGAGCCAGAGGAAAAUACACCAGCUCAGAAAAGAAAGGGUCGUCAGUCCAACUGGAACCCUCAACAUCUGCUCAUUCUUCAGGCCCAGUUUGCUGCCAGCUUGCGACAGACUUCAGAAGGUAAAUAUGUUAUGUCAGACUUGAGCCCUCAAGAGAGAAUGCACAUUUCAAGAUUUACAGGACUUUCCAUGACCACAAUCAGCCACUGGUUAGCCAAUGUGAAAUACCAGCUCCGAAGGACCGGUGGAACCAAGUUCCUUAAGAAUUUAGACACUGGUCACCCAGUGUUCUUUUGUAAUGACUGUGCCUCACAAAUCAGGACUCCCUCUACAUAUAUCAGUCAUCUUGAAUCGCAUCUAGGUUUUAGGAUAAGGGAUUUGUCUAAAUUGUCCAACGAACAGAUACACAAUCAAAUAGCACAAACAAAAUCCCCCUCUGAAAAACUAGUGGUAUCAUCUCCAGAAGAAGAGAGUGGAACUUCUUACCAAUGUAAACUUUGCAACCGGACAUUUGCUAGCAAGCAUGCUGUGAAACUUCAUUUAAGUAAAACACAUGGGAAGUCUCCGGAGGAUCACCUCAUGUAUGUCUCUGAGUUAGAGAAGCAGUAGCAUUGGCUUUUUAUUACAUUAAAACUGUGGUUUGCUUUGAGGAAGACUAGUAAAAUGAAGCCUUAAAGCUACAGUGUACUGUUUUUGGCACAUGUUCCUAUUUUAUCUCUGGAGAAACUCACUCUGAGAACAGAACUGUUUUAUAAAACUGUACAGUGUUUAAUAGAGGUGCAUACUCAGCUGUUGUUACUGCUACAAUAUGAAGGGUGAAAUGCCAUUGGUGUUUUUAACCUGUGUAAAUUGCGUUAGCGGUAUACAUUGUCUAAUGCGCCACGCUGCAUGAAUCAACAGACAUUUUAAUGAAGCAUUUCUAUUUAAAGCUGGUACACUAUUUUUCAUUCCACUCAAUGUGUGCUAGUAUUUUUCAGCCUUUAGCCCUCUGAGUACUUUGGAGCACUCAUGUUUAUUGGUAAAGAUCUGUGUUUUUUGUUUUUUUUUUCUUUUCUUUUUUUUGAAAUAUAAAAUAAAAUGUACUUGAUACAGUUCCACUUAACCAUAUGAGCAUCUGCAUUAGCAGCUCUACAGAAGUUGCAUUCACGGUUCAAAGCCUUUACCUCCCACUGGGGCUGCUAUGCAUUGCAGAGCAAUGUAUUGCCAGUUCAUCUGUCAGAGCAGGGGUUAAAUCCGUGUAUAUAAUGUACAGACUCGCAUUAUGGAAAUUGUGGUUGAUGUUAAUGGAAUAUUUUCUCCCCCUCUGGCAUUUUUACGAUUUUAUUUUUUCCUUUGGUAUGAGAUGCAGUAUGCCUCCUUUACAUAAGCUGUGCCUAUGUAUAGUGUAAAAUUUUAUUUGGUUGACUUUUAACCUAUUCAGUGCCAGAAGAUAUGUUUUGGUUUAAGAUCCACUGGCAGUGAAUGAGUUUUGGGUUUUUUAUUUUGUUUUUUGUUUUUUAAUUAACACCCGAGCAUUGUAAAUUAUUCAAAGGAUACAACAAAUAGUCUUUAUAAAAUAUUCAAACAAAAAUACUAUUAUUCUAAAAACAAAAAAGCUAUAAUUGUUUUACUAUACAUCUAUAUUGUUAGAAGUUCAUGUUUAAAUUAUACAUAUUUAUUAGCGAAUUGAUAUAAUUUGUUUGGAACUAUAAGCCCGACACAAGCCAUGGGACUUCUGCUUGGUGUUACUCAGAACGAUUUUGCACAAUAUGACUUUAAAAAAAAAAUAGUAUUUAUUACGGCAAAAACAAAGAUCCGCUAAACAUUCUCAGUGCUCGAAGGGUUAAAUCUAUUUGAAGACAAGAAAAAAAAACUGUACUGUAUUCCCAAGAAUUGCUAAUCCUUUUAAAAAGAAAAAAAUGUUUGUACUACAAUACUUUGCUUAAACAUAAAGAGGCAUUCUGUAAUAUAACCUCUUCUACUUAUUUAUAAGCACCUGUGGGUUGUUAUUCCGUAUAGA